UCAAAGAAUGUUUGAAAAUCAUGUAUGUUUUGCUUACAGCCAUGCCUCAUCUGAAGAAACCUCGAAAAGUGGAGCCCCUGUCAAAAUUAUGGGACAGAAAGGCACAGAAGUGUGGACUGCGACACACUGUUUAUUCAGUGAAUGGAGAUGAAUACACGGGGGAUUGGCUGGACAGCAAGAAGCAUGGUACAACUGUUGCAUGACAUAGAUUUUGCACACACCAUUUAUCUCGAAGUAUUAUGCCUAGGCUUACUGUAUCACAAUUCAGACACAUGGGCUGUGACUGGUUCUCUCAAUUUUUUCAUUUAAAAUAUUUCAACAGGUUCUAAGAAUGUAGAUAUAAACGUUUUUUAUUUCCCACUACAACUUCAAUAGUAUUGGUCACCACUCAUUUUGUUACCAGCUAGACCUAUUUUCUUUUAUGUCCAAUGAAUAUGUGGGUGGUUUUUCUCACUGUUCCUUAAAUUUUUCUAGGCAAAGGAACUCAAAUUUGGAAGAAGGGCAGGGCCAUUUAUGAUGGAGACUGGAAAUAUGGCAAACGUGAUGGAUAUGGGACCUACAGCAAGCUCCUGUCUGCAACCAAUGAGUAUUCAAGGGAAUACUCAGGAGAAUGGAAAAAUGACAAGAAGCAUGUAUGUACUCAUAAUAAUAAUAAUAAUAUGCCAUUUAGCAGACGCUUUUAUCCAAAGCGACUUACAGUCAUGCGUGCAUACAUUUUUGUGUAUGGGUGGUCCCGGGGAUCGAACCCACUACCUUGGCGUUACAAGCGCCGUGCUCUACCAGCUGAGCUACAGAGGACCACACUCAAUUGCAGGAUGGUAGUACACAGAACAAGUUUUGUAUUGUUAGGCUGAGAAUGUAAAUAAUGUAACCCUAGGCCUAUUCUAUUUCUGCAUUUAUUAUAAGACACCUGGCCUCAGUGAAACACAAGGGCCAGUUUCUAUAGGUCUUCUCAUCUACCUUAGGGGUUUGGGACCUACUUCUACAGUGACUCUGCCUGCUAUGAGGGAGAAUGGAGCGAGGAUCAGAGGAGUGGCUGGGGCAGGAUGUAUUAUGACAAUGGGGACAUAUAUGAGGGAGAAUGGCUGAAGAACAAACAUCACGGACAGGGCAUGCUUCGUCUCGGUAAGGGCAUAUUAUUUUACAUGGAAGACUAUCUCAUGACUGUCGCCAGGGGUGUGUGCAAGACAAAAAAGUUGAUUUCCAGAGUAUGCAAGUGGAUGGGUGAGAAAGAUGAAGUAAUUGUAGCCUACAUUUUAAUGCAUCUUCAUUUGUGUACUUUGACAAUAUGGCUGUAAUUCAAUGAAACACUGAAAGAAAUGUCUUACUGCUGUGCCAACAGUGAUUAGUUAAUACAAUGUUUAUUUGGUGAAACAAAGUUGUCAUUUGGCCGUAGACUAUAUACAGUAUGUCAGGUUGCGCGACUUCUCUCAUUUGUUUUGAAGCCAAUGAAAAUAGGUAUGAAGGCAACUGGAAGUAUGGGAAGAAGAAUGGGCAUGGAAAGUUCUUUUACCAGGACAAAGGUCAGCUUUAUGAGGGCUUCUGGGUGGACGGAGUGGCCAAAUGUGGAACAGUGUCUGACUUUGGAAGAGAAGAGGCACCAACUCCGACAAUAUACCCGAUUCCUAAGGUACAUACUUUGUCUUUUUAAGUGUUUUAAGAGGUUUGUCUUUACUAAGUGUUGCAGGUGUGGAGCUGAGCCCCUUCACCUGCUUGUGAAUAUCAAUUCAUCAUAUUGUGAGGUAUCCCCCUUUUCUCUAUUUAAGGUACAUCUGUUGGAUGUGAGAUCAGUUUUAAUGGAAACACAAUCAACAUACCAUGGUGAAUAGGACAAACCAAAGAAUAACAUUAUCCAUCUCUGCUGAUCUCUGGCCACCAUGCUCACUUACCAUGCUGUGAAAUGCCAUCGUGUAACGAAUAAAGAGAGCACAACAUCAUGAGGAAGAUUUUAGCAACUUUACUUCUAUGAAACGGGACC